CCAUAUACCCCUACCCAAUUUAAUAUUGAGCACUAAACUUUUUAGGCUCUGUGUGGUCGAAUAUGUUGAACGUGCUGAGAACCUUCCUUAUCACUAACCUUUAAAUAUAUAUUCGACAAUUCAAUAUUAAUAAGGUUUUUAAAUUAAAAUUCUCGAAUCAACGACCUAGGCAGCUCGGACUUAGAUUUUCCCCUAGUUUGAUGGCCGAUUGAAUGACAAAAUGAUAAUAUAUUAAUAAGGAGAAAUUGCCCUGAAUAAUCCAAUUUUUAUCUGAUUUUCCAACAAUAAUCUGAAGUAUUGAUUAUCCAUGAAUAAUCUAUCUAUUGAUACUUGUUUAUAGUGGCAUCCAUGCAGGUUAAAGAACCGGCUACAGCAGGUCAUUUGUUGACCAUUACUUUGCAUUCUUCUUCCCUUCUAUAUCUUCUUCACAUUAUAUUUACUCCAUUAAAAUCAGUAAACUUCCCAUUCUUUCUUUCAUUCACCUUCUUCUUCUACAUUAAAAACCAUUCUUAUUCCACUCCAAUAUGAAAAAUAAUAUUAUAGUAUUAAAAAUAACAAAUCAAAAAAUGAAAAUGAAAAAAGAAAAACAAAGACAUCCAUGUCCUUCACCCCUGCCACCCUCCAUUAAAAUCACUAGUGUUGUUUUGUUUUACAUAUAAAUCGUUUAAAUGUUCGUGGCUUGGUUGAACUGUAAUAAACGAUACCUUGAAGCUUCAAAAUAUCAGUUUUGAGAGACAUUAAUUUUCAAUUAGUAUUUGAGAACCUCAAAAUGUAAUUUGGACUUUCAGAGUUUAUUUCAAUCAGACCAUUAAGCAUGGAUGAGCAAAGCAGUAAACCAUCCAUAGGAGUAACAUGUAACGAAUUGAAACGAGAAGUCAAUGUCUCUCAAAGUACAGCAAACAAACAAGUCGAUAGAAACUUCACUUUCGAUAAGGUUUUUGGACCCAAAGCUCAACAAAAAACCAUUUAUGAUCAAGCUAUUGCACCCAUGGUUCGAGAUGUUCUUGAUGGUUACAAUUGCACAAUUUUCGCGUAUGGACAAACUGGGACCGGGAAAACAUAUACAAUGGAAGGAGCAAUGAAACCAAAGGUAAAAGGCAACGAUGUGAUUGCUGAGGCCGGUGUCCUACCUAGAGCAGUUCGUCAUAUAUUUGAGCUACUCGAAGCUCAAAAUGCUGAUUAUAGUAUGAAGGUUUCGUUUUUAGAGCUGUAUAAUGAAGAAAUUACCGAUCUUCUGACAAAUGAAGAUAACUACCCGAAGUUCAUUGAUGAUAAGCAAAAGAAAUGUGUUUCGUUGAUGGAGGAUGGAAGAGGUUGUGUGAUCAUCAGAGGCCUUGAAGAAGAAGUUGUAUACAGUGCUAAUGAUAUUUAUAACCUUAUGGAACGAGGAGCUGCCAAAAGGCGAACAGCUGAUACAUUACUCAACAACCGUAGUAGUCGCUCUCAUUCUGUCUUCACUAUAACGGUCCAUGUAAAGGAUAUAACCUUCGGAGACGAGGAACUCAUUAAAUGCGGGAAGCUAAAUCUUGUUGAUCUUGCUGGAUCAGAAAAUAUUUCUCGCUCAGGUGUAAGAGAGGCACGUGCAAGGGAAGCUGGGGAGAUAAAUAAGAGCCUGCUCACCCUCGGAAGAGUUAUAAACGCACUGGUGGAGCAUUCAGCUCAUGUACCUUACAGGGAUAGUAAAUUGACAAGGCUAUUGCGAGACUCGCUUGGAGGGAAAACAAAAACUUGCAUUAUAGCAACAAUAUCACCAUCCAUGCACUGUUUGGAAGAAACUCUUAGCACUUUAGACUAUGCUUAUCGCGCUAAAAACAUCAAAAAUAAACCCGAGGCCAAUAAAAAAUUGUCCAAGACCAUUUUUCUCAAAGAUCUAUACAUGGAAAUGGAAAGGAUGAAACAAGACAUACGUGCAGCAAGAGAUAAAAAUGGUGUUUAUAUAGCACACGAACGAUUUGUCCAAGACGAAGCAGAAAAGAAGGGAAGGAUUGACAGGAUAGAACAGAUGGAGAUGGAGCUUGAACUAAGUAGAAAGGAUGUUCGAAAAUACCAGGACAUGUAUACUUCGGUGCAAGAAGAGAAAGUGGAUAUAGAAGUCGAGCUUCAAGAUUGCAAGAAAACCCUGGAGAAUACCAGUAAGAUCUUGCAAGAACUCGAAAAGAAGCAGGAGUUGUCCAUUAUACAGUUAAAGGAAAAAGAGUCUAUCAUCUCCAAACUUAAAAACUCGGAAAGAUCUUUAGCUAAACACACAAAGGAGCUGUGCUGUGCUUUGGAAAAUGCAUCCGAAGAUAUGGCUGUACUACGCAAAAGGAUAGAUGACAAGGACGAAAUGGAAGCACAAAAUCACAAAUUAGUACUCCGAUUUGGUUCGCAGCUUGACAAGAGCUUACAAAACCUGCAUAAAACCAUAUUAGGAUCGGUUUCCCUUCAGCAAGAUCAACUGAGAUGCAUGGAAGAGCAUUUGUGCUUAUUUCUUACCAGCAAGGAUGAUGCUACAAAGCACUUGGAAUCAAUCGUUCAGAAAAUAGAAACGAUACAUUCUUCGACUAUUGAAGCUUCAAGGGAGUUUAAUGGUACUCUACAAAGACAAGCUUUAGGAGAUUGGGAGUGCAUAAGUUCUAGCUUAUCUCGUCACACUGUGGAUAUGGAAAAGUUAUUAGACUCAUGGAUGGUUGAGGCAAAGGAUGUAAUAUACAACAUCCAAAGUUCUCUUUCUAAGCAAAAGGAAAUAUUGGUUUUCUCUUCGCAGGAACAAGAACAGAGACUUCAAAGGACUCUGGAUUCAGCUCAAAAGAUCACCAAAGCAACUAUAGGAUUCUUUGAUGAUAUAUGUGGUUGUGCUUCGGAACUCUUAAGUAAUCUUGAAGAAAGACAGUCCAGAACUCAUACUUAUCUAAGGAAGUUCGAGAAAAUAUUUGAGGAACAAUCUGCAAAAGAAGAGAAGCUGGCCAUCGAAAAAAUUGUUUCUGCACUAGCAACACUGAGAACAAAUAAAAUCACUUUGGUUUCCCAGGGGCUGAGAAAGAUUGAUGAAAGUGCCCUUGAAGAUAAAAAGACAUGCCAGGAAAACUUGUCAAGAAUUCAGAAUGCUUCAGUUUCUGCAAAGAAUGCUCUGAAGGUGCAUAUGGAGAAUAUGGAAGGGAAUUUCUUGACAGACUUGUACUUACUAACAGAAAUCAAUGGAUCUAUGAAGGAUCAUAUCAACCAGUGUUCAAAGCAGGUCGAUAACUCAAACGAGCAGUGGGAAAGAGCUGUACAUUCAGUCAAAAAACUCAAUGAUGAUGGAAAGUUAACAAUACAGUCUACCAUCAAUGAAAGUAAAUGUCGAAAUGAAGCGAUUGAGAGACAACAUAUCAAAGCAUCAUCAAUGAAAAAUGAUGAAUUUGAAGCUAAUGUAGCAACUCUUCUUCUUAAACUUAAAGAUGAUUAUAUGUUAGACAGAAAAACUAAUGGCCAGAUUGAGUCUUUAUCAAAUCAGUGCCUUAAUCAGCUUGCAUCUUUGCAAACUCAGCACAACAAAAGUAUCUCAAACAUUCGAAACGAAACGGAACAAUGUUUGGUUAAGGACUAUAAGGUUAAUGAUGGGGAAAGAUCAGAAAUUUGCAUGGAAACUAAGAUCCUACAGCCAUUUCAGCACAUAGAUGGGCAUAAUAGGGCUCCCUUUGCAAGCAUCAAUUGAGGUCUUUGUAAGCUCCUCUGCAAUACUCCUAUGUCCCACUGAAUUUGCUACAUUUGAACAUUUAAUGUAAGACCUUUUCGAGUCUGAUGUAGCACUCUAAAUGGGAUAGACGAGUUUAAAUGACUUAUUGCUAAAUACUCUCAUCUUCUGAUGAGCCUGCCAAAGUUAGAUGCAUUUGUAGGUGGAGUUGCAUUUUUAUGGGAUUCUUGGCUUAUACAAAUGCAUACUCCUUAGUCUUUCCUGCCCUUGAAAAAUUGCUACUGAUAGUAACAUAUUUUGAAGAAAAAACAUUACUUUUAGA